ACUCAUUAUAAAACUUCCAACAAUUUAAAAUCCAGUUUACAACGACAAGUAGUUUAGAUUUAAAAAGACGCAUGGCUGUAACGUGGAUGUGAUAUUAACCUUGAUUUUGUGAUAUCCUUGAAAGCUUGAAGUGAGCAUUAUGGCUAAAAUAGCAGAAUCUUUCAAGAAAUUGAGUGUUGAGCACAGUAAACGGAAAUUCAAUGACAAUCGAACAACCAUGAAAAGAAAAAGCGAAUUAAUAUCAGCGAUAGAAGAGACAGUGUCCCUUGAUAAUUACAUUCUGGCUGUCUGUGGAAUACAAAGCGAUCCAGAAUUUAGGAUUGGUACAGCUUUGUCAGAUUAUACAUGUACAAUACAUUCUGUUGGAGAAAGCAUAAGCAAAAGUAUUACUUUAACUCACAAUCAAGCUCCUAUUGUUGGUAUAAGGUUUAGUCCUACAUCUAAGAACAUUUUAUAUACAGCGACGAGUAAUGGACUCAUUACAGCAUGUGAUCUACGUGCUAAAGGAAAGGUCAUUGCAGAAUUUAAAGACUGUACAGAAGAUGGAAAAGUGAAACCCCUCUGCAGUUUUGAUGUAGGCUAUGAUGAAAGACUUAUAGCAGGUGGAACCGAACAUAUCGGAGGAGAUGCAUUCAUUUUAUUUUGGGAUAUACGAUAUACUAAUUCGAAAUUGUACAAUAAAAAUACUCUUCUCGGUGGGUACUGGCAAUCUCACAUGGAAGAUGUGACCUGUUUGGCAUUUCAUUCUAAGAAGCAGGAUGUUUUAGCAUCUGGUAGUACAGAUGGUUUGAUUAAUGUAUUUGAUCUUACACAGCCAUCAGAAGAGUCUGCAUUAACAUAUUCCUUGAAUACUGAAUCUUCUGUGGAUAGGAUAGGCUGGCUAAAUGAUAAUAACCUCUGGUGUACAACCCAUACACAUUCUUUACAACUUUGGGACUGUGAAGGAGCCACUCCAUAUUCAAAAUUUGAACGCAGUGACUUAGUAGUUUCCCAGAAUGAUGAGGUAGAUAACUGUUAUAUUGGCAGAUUUCACACUUCAGAUUUGCUUGAACAGACAUUCCUCAUAGCAGGCUCCAGUACUGUUAAAGGGGAGAAUUUAAGAUGCUUGAAUGUUCUAAACAAUCGAUUAGAAGUAUGUUACAACAUGGUAGGAAAUAAGCAGUUAGUACGUGAUAGUUGGCUCCAUGAAAAGACUGGUUCUUUAGUAACAGUGGGGGAAGGUGGACUUAUAAACAUUUGGAGGCAAGCAGAAACAACUCCUUUACAAGAAAAUUCUAGCCAUAAAUUGGUAGCAAAGAUUGGUACUGGCAAAGGACGUGAUCGUCAGCAUAGAACCAAACCGUAUUGAAUAAAAGUGAUAGGAUAAAAAUUUGUAAAUGCGAACAGAGUUUUUGUAAGUAAAUGUAAUAAACAGAAGAGAAAUAUCACGUA